AUGUCAUUCAUUUCUAAACUUCUUCAACUUCUUCCAUCGUAUCCAAUAUCCAAUGAUCUUCUAUUAAUAAAUGUAUCAAUCAAUGAACUCACGGAAGAUCAAUUGUUGCAACGUCAAUGUUAUGGUUAUUAUCCACUAAUACCGCUUGCAAAUCAUGAUGAAGAUUGGAUUGAAACUCUUAGUCAACGUUGGAAUAUUCAUCCAAAUGUAUUAAAAUCUAAUUUUCACAAAAUGUCAACAUUAAUAAAUCAAUCGGCCCAAAAACGGAUGUAUCAUUUUUCAACAAAUGCUCCAGAAGAAUAUGUACAUGAACAUGAAUAUAAAAUAGCAUUGGAAUUCUAUCUUCAAAUAGAUUAUGAUCUUUUCUACAUGAAAACGUGUUCAUAUCGUGGUGCGCAACCUGUGAUGAAUCAACCUCAAAGUAUAUUUUCCACCGAUCAACGAAACCCUUAUGGACGUUAUUCGAUGGAAACAUGUCGACAACAAUCAUGUUGUUUAUGUUACACUUCUAAUCGUUUAGAAUCUCAAUCAAAUGUACAACAUAUAUUUGUCAAUGGUUAUCGAACUAUUUUAAAUUGUCCAGCAACAUGUACAACACAAAAUAUCAUUUAUGUUCUUACAUGUCCAUGUAAAAAAUUUGAUUAUAUUGGUGAAACAAGCUUAUCUUUACCACGGCGUCUUAGUUAUCAUCGAAAACAUGGAAUGCGUAUUAUAAAAGAAUUUCUCUUUGGCAAAAAAUUAACAAAUUAUAUCAAUCAUGGUCAAAUGAAAUCUUUUGAGGAAUUAGUGAAAGAUGGCAUGCGAUUAUAUCAACAUUCAUGUCGUUGUUCAGUAGCAAUGCAAUGUUUUUUAGAUGAAAAUCCUGAUUAUUGGUCAUUCAUUCCACAACGAAUUUCGGAGUAUGAAGAACAACAACAAGAACGAGAAAUUAUAUUGGUUGACGACCAUCAGUAUGAAUUUGCUAGUGAUAUACCUGUUCCAUCGAAUAUCAAUUAUCAUUUUAAUGUUCAACAAAAACGUAAUAUUGAAGAAUUUUUUCAACAAAAAAAAAAAAAUCUUCAUCCACUCAAUCCUCAUUUUCAUUUACAUGAAGCGAAAAUUAUUGCCGUAUUACCAGAAAAUGCAUCGAUUGGAUUACGACGAUUUAUUGAAAGUCUUUUCAUAACACAUGCACAAACAAAAUUAAAUACGUUGGGUCAUCUAGAUGAUGAAAAUUCAUUAACACAUAUGGAAUGUACGGAUGAAUUAUGUUAUGAAAAUCUAGUUCGUCCAAUGACUUAG